AUGGCGAUUCUGCAGUGGGAUAUAUUUACGGAGAAGGCAGGGGUCUGGGGAGCAGCUGAUUUUACCAAAAAUGGUUUGGUAGAUCACAUAAAUACAACAAAAGAUACUACUGACUACCUAUGGCACACAACAAGCGUGUAUGUUAAUGAAAAUGAGAGCUUUUUGAGUAACGGAAGCCGUCCAAAGCUUGUCAUCUCAUCGAAUGGUCAUGCUCUGCUUGCUUUUAUCAAUCAGAAGCUUGAAGCUAGCACAGCUGGAAACGGUGGUGGCUCGGCUUUCAAAUUUGACAGUCCCAUUAAUUUGAAAGCUGGGAAGAAUGACAUUGAUCUUCUUGGCAUGACAGUGGGUUUAUCAAAUGCAGGACCAUUUUAUGAUUUUGUACCAGCAGGGCUAACCAGUGUGAAGUUAGAGGGGUUUAAUAGUGGAACCAUUGACUUGUCAUCAAAUACCUGGAUCUAUAAGAUUGGGAUAGAAGGUGAACACCUUAAGAUAUACCAGCCUCCAUUUUUGUCAGUCACACGGAUUCCAGCCAGAUUCUUAGCCUAUAGAAGCAAUAUAUAUUAUAAACGAUACAAGUCAAAUGUUUUUCCUCGAGGAUCCAAAGAAAAAAAAAGGUACAACUUUGGUGUUACUUGA